AUGACGGCGAAAUCGGCCAGGGAUGACAGGAAGCAAUAUUGGGCUGAAAUAGAGACCUCAAUGGAACAGGCAUCGAACGUUAGUGACACUCGAAAGCUCUACCGUCUGAUCCGCCAAGUUGGCGGUAAGCCCUCUACACUGAGUGACUCUCUUCGCGAUGUGAACGACGGCUUUAUUGCUGACAACUCGGCCAAAGUCGAGCGCUGGCGUGAGUACUUUGAGCACCUACCUCGCCAUUGCUCUCCUCCUCAGCAGAGUUUCUUCCCUCUUCUACCUAUGCAGUGCCAUGCAAUCCCCCCUCCGAGGGAGAAGUCGAUGAUGCCAUACGAAAGUUGCGCAACAAUAGGACACCCGGAGAGGACGGUAUACCCGCUGAAAUCUUUAAGUCUUGUGUCAACACUCUGGCGCCCUGGCUCCAUGAGGUGAUUGAAAGAGAGUGGAGAGACGAGGUUGUUCCUGAUGACUGGGGCUUAGGCAUCCUUGUACUUAUCAUCAAGACGAGAUGCGAGAACUACCGCGGCAUAAGUCUCAUCGACGUUGCUGCGAAGAUCUUCGCUAUUGUCCUACUUGGGCGAUUCCAGGCUGUGCGUGACUCUAGCACGAGGCCCAACCAAGCCGGAUUUCGUGCUGGACGUGGAUACGCAGACCAGAUAUUCACAUUGCGGCGCAUUCUCGAAUUUCGCCAAAGCUACUAA